CAGAGUUGGUCCGUCGUGAUUAAUAUUCCGCAGAGUCUCGGCAUCCAAGGAAAAUUGAGGCUCCUCGACCGGGGAGACGUCACACCGAGGGUGAUUAAUCCAGGGGCCUUCAAGCUUAUGAUUGGGUCAUCUUGGCACCACGUCCCCGGGACGAUUGCUAAGCUUUUGACGGCAGAUGGCGGAGGGUCUCACCCAUUUAGGUCAUUAGUGCUGAUCUCUGGGGUUCAAGAUGUGUUUUAGUUUUUUUUUUUAUGUGCUGGGCCUGUUAUGAGCUGGCGGGCUCUUGGAGCUUACCGCUGAGGUGAGAGACAUGCGUAAGGGCGAGAGACAAAGAGAUAUAGGCUGAGAUCCAGAGAUGAAAGACAAAUCUAAGAAAAAGGCAGCCGAGCAUCCGGGUCUCAAUGACGACAUAUGAAUUGAGUCUCCAGAUGGUCAUCAAUCUCACUGUAGACAAACUCAACUACCGCGUACAUUCGACUAACUCAAACUAUUACAGUGUAAGUGCUCACGCAGAUAAGCAAAACCUCACCCCGGUGAUAAACACUAAUCACCCUUCAAUCCUAAAUGUCAGCCCUAAACUCCGCUUAGGUCCAGACUAUUCCAAAAACCUGCAGCUUGUUGAUCACCUCUAGGAUAAUAAAGUAGGCCGAGCACCGAGCAGGGAUUGGUAAUAACGUCAGGCAUGUUAGUCCGAAAGUGGCUUACAGAGUUAUGCUUGCUCGUAUGGACCAUGUCAAAGACAUGUGGAAGGGCUAAGAUUGCAUUACAGCAUGAUGGGUGACUAACUCCGGAUUGCUAAGCUCCGCGGUGUAAGAGCUUGCAGAGGAGCAGGCGAGUGGGUGAGAAUAUGAGUAUAAGACGAGUGCAUACCUCACGAUAUUUGAACUCCAGAUCUCAGUUAGCAUAAUAAGCUUAAAGAGAACCCUUCC